CGGUGCCGCGGAGCCAGUUUGAACGGCAGCAGCGGCGGGUGCGGCGUACCCACCCUCCCGAGGGCCUGUUUGUGGAAGGUGAUCAGCUCCGGAAAUCUUUCGGCCUGAGUGUGCAGCGUGGUGGGUGCAGAUAUGGACUUGUGUAGAGUGGAAGAAUAACGUCAAAAGAUAUUUCAGUGGACUUCUGGAGUGUUGAAUAAAAAAAGAAAAAUGGAGGCAGAGACCAUUUUAAGUCUUAAGCAGCAACUCAAGGAAGCAGAGAACGAGCGAAAAAAGGCAGCACAAUAUGGUUUGCAUUUACUGGAGUCCCAAAGUGAGGUUCAAAAUCAGCUGGAUCAAGCACGCUGCGAAUUGACUGAGAAAACUGAGAAAUUUGAACAAGAGAAAUACACACUUCAGAGAGAAAUUGAACUCAAGAAUCGAAUGUUGGAAAGCUUGAAUUUUGAGUGUGAUUCCCUUAAGCAACAGCAAAAUUUGCAACUGGAUAAACAGAAAGAACAGCUUGACAGAGCCUAUGGACAAGAAAUCAGUGACCUUAAAAAUAAGUUGGAGAACCUGAAAGCAGAACUGGAUGAAACCCGACUCUCAGAGAAACAGCUGAGACAAAAAGUGGAGCAUCAGAAGGAAAUAAUCACUGCCAAAUCAGAAGAACUGCACAUGAUGUCUGAGCGUGUCCAUGAGACCAUGUCUUCAGAAAUGCUCAGCCUGCAGAUAGAGCUCACUGAGCUCCAGAGUCAGAAGGCCAAUGAUAAAGAAGAGCUGAAUGAGCUGCAGUGCACUAAGGAACAGUUGGAGCUUGUGAACAGCAACUUACGGAACCAGCUGGAGCGGCUGCAGGGGGAGAAAGAAGAGAGGGAAAAAGAAGUUGUCUUUUACUGCAAUGCAUUAGAGAAAGCUCAUGAGGCUAAUCAGGAGCUUCGGGUUCAGCUGGAUCAUGCAGUGCAACAAUCUCUGGACCCUACAAGUAAAGGCAAUUCUCUCUUUGCUGAGGUGGAGGACCGUAGGGCAGAAAUGGAACGACAGCUGAUCAGUGUGAAAGUAAAAUAUCAGUCCCUACAAAAACAGCAUGCAUUCAGUAGAGAACAAUUGCAAAGAAUGAAGCUGCAAAUGGCUACACUUCUGCAGCUGAAAGGCUCCCAGGCAGAAUUUGAUCAGCUGGAACGCUUACAGUCCAUGUUAGAGCAAAAGAAUGGUGAAAUAAAAGAUCUUCUUAUGCAAGUGAAGCAGCUAGAAAAAUUUAAGAUUGGAAAACUGGAACCUUUCUUAGUUCUUGCUCGUUUCUGGACUUGUUUGGCCCUUUCUUAUCAGAGCUUUGGAAUGCAAUUUGAGAGUUUAUAUGAGAAUAUGGAGGAGUCCAGACCCGCUAAUGGAGCGAGAGGAAGCGAUUCUGAAAAUGAUUACUAUGCAGAUUUACUGCAAAUUAAACUUGACAAAUCAAACAAGGAAACUGAAGCACUGAAAAAUGAGCUAUCACUGCAGAGAAUGAAAGCUCUGCAUGAGAGCCAAAGGGUCCUGGAGUUUGAAAGGAAGCUCUUCACAAGUGAGAGGCAUUUGCAAGCUUGUCAGAGUGAGAAUAUGAACCUGCGGGUUAUGCUGGAUGAGCUGAAAAUGAAAUAUGAACCUGAAGAAUUACUUAAAGAUGCUAAAAUUAAAAGGAAGAGGGAGAAAAUUCCAGUGAAUGCGACUUGUGAAUACUUUGACAGCAAAAACACUCCAGGGAAAGAAACUGCUCUCACUCAAUUGCCAAGUAAGGAAGGGAAAAAGAUGGCUACAAAGAACGUGGAGCAAAGUGAUGCUUCUCCAAAAAAACAGCCUAUCCAAGCAUCCCCACUACAUACAGCUCUCCAGGCAAUACGAAACAUUGUUGAACCUGAAAGAAAAAGAGUUAAAAUUCAAGAUGAGAAUCACGUCGCCUGUACUUCACAUAGCAGAAGUGGAAACAGUUCCUCGGCUCCAGCUGUCUCCAGGUUAACAGCUGAAUCCAGAUUUGAAACUACAGAAGAAGAAAAGAGAGAAACUAAAAUCUCAACAGAGAAGAAAACACAGAAGAAAAAAUAUUCCACAUUGUAUGUGUCUUCUAAGGCAAGUUCUGAAACUCAGUGUGCUCAGCAGUAAGUCACUUCUGCAGGGAACCUGGGCACUUUGGGUCCUGCUUCAGCAGGGAUGCUGAGUGAGCUCUGUCUCACAUCAGUGCACAGGCUGCUAACUUGAAUGUUGAUCUGCCUGCUGGUAUGAAGGUGUGAUUGCCUGGCAGAGCUGCACUUUUGAUGCCUUCCCUGAGGGCACCUCUUGAGUUCCCUGCCCUUGACCUGAGGUGUGGCCUGUGCUCCACUCUUGGCAGAGUCUCCAAACAUAUUUGCUCCUUCUUUGAAGCAGCGAAGGGCUGUUGUGGAGAAGUUCUGGGCUAACAGAGGUUUUAUUGUAUGGUAAGACAGACUAGACAGGGUUGAUGGAAAAUGCAACUAAGUGAUGUGCUCCUAAAUUUCUUCCAGUUUCCAGAUUCAGAAUUCUUAAAAUUUUUCCUCCUAAUAUAUUAUUUUUCAACAUUAAUAAGGCUGACCUGUUUGCAAAAGUGCAUGUGAGUCAGUCACUCCACGUGUUUUGUUGGUCAAUGUUUGAAAUUCUAUGGAUUCUUGUAUUUGUACUAUUAAUUAAAAUAAAGGUUUAUUUCUUUCUUUAUAAAAUGUAGCCCAUAUUGUAUUUGAGAAGAAAUAUGUAUCCAUUUUUAAAUGAAGGUGAUGUCUUUUGUAGAGCUUCUUGUUAAAAAAAAAACCAAAAAAACUCUCA